AUGGAUCCGCACGCGCCCUUCGACCACCCGCACCACCGCCGCGGGCACCCCGCCCACCACCACUACCUAGACCAGCACCACCUCCACCACUUGCCCGGCGGCGGCGGCGGCGGCGGCGUUGCCCCUUCGCGGUCGAGGUAUGACUACGAGUACGACUCCCACCCGAUCCCCCAGCCGCUGUCCCCUCCGCCGCCGCCCGCCCCGCACCACCGCCACGACGGCCCCCACUAUGCCACCCUCCCGCUCCGCGCCCCGCCGGAACCCUACUCCCCGCCGCCGCACCGCAACCCCACCCCUCCCCACUACCCCUACUACCACCAGCGCCACGGCGGCGACGACGACUUUCGCGCCAGCGACGAGAUCCGCCGCGUCCCCAGCCACCCCCACCCCCACCAUCUGCAGCCGCUGCACUACCACCAGCAGCUGCAGCACCACCACCAGCAGCCGCCGCUCUCGUGGGAGGAGGCUGAGGAGGAGGAGGGGCGGCGCUACCCCGCCCACCAGCUCCGGGGGAUGUCGCCGCCUGGCACGCGCAAGAGGUACCGCUGCGCCAUGCACGACUCGGGCGACCUGGAGAGCACGUCCAGCUCUGGCCCGCCUCCACGCCGCCAGAGGCAGCAGCUGCACCCAAGCUACUCGCCACCUCCAGAAGACAGUUUUGUAGAUAGGGCAAUUAGCUAUUCUGGUUACAGCGGCCACGAGGGCUUUGUAACGAACAGUGACAGUAACAACGGUAACAGAAUGAUGCCGAUGGCCACGUCGGCUAUGCUACCUGGCUCGCCUAACUCCUUGGGUGCCGGGUAUCCGAGGCGCGCCCCACAGGUCGCCCCUGCGAGAGUGUCUGUGUGGCAGCGCAUUGAGGAGAAUCCCUCAGUGUAUGCGCCGCUUUCUCCAAGGAAAGUGCAUAUUUCACCGAGCAAGACCAAGAACUCCGGGUCCGCUACAAAGGAAUUGUCCAGCGUGGUUUCACUGGAUUGCAAGGCAAAGGGUGCUGAUUAUAAGGAUAGUGGUGAUAGUGCAGGAAUGAAGAAGAAUGCAGUGAAGUCAAAUGAGAAGGCGCGGGCUUCAGUUCUUGUAAAGCCUUCAUCAGAGGCCAAGGAAAAAGAAAGAGCUGCUAGUAAGGUUACCAAGAAGUCUGAUAAUAAGGUUACCAAGAAGCCUGAUAAGGUUGAGAAAAAUAUGCCGGUAUUCACUAGUGGUGGUGUGAGAUCGACUGCUGGUGGGAAGAAAGUGAAAAAGAUAGUCAUCAAGAAGAUUGUUAGAAAGAUUGGCCCCAAAGAUAAACAAACUAGUAGUCCCAUUCCUGUCAUGGCAGAAAAGAAGGAUGGCACUGAUGCGAAUGCAAACACUUCUGAGAAGGAAGAAGGUGAGAUCACAUCAUCAUCAUUUGAGAAGGAUGCUAUUUCUGCACACAAUUUGGUCAGCACUAGUGACACAGCUGGAGUUGGUAACACUGUGGAAGUCCAAAAGGAACAAAAUAAUGAUUUGGUGAAUCUGAGCAAGAGCAAUGCUGCUCCGACCAUUGCAGCUAUGGAUAUUGUUGAUACAGCGAGUGUUAGCAGGAGAGAACAUCCUGGAAAAGAAGAUGGUAAGAGCUUCAUGAAUUCAGUUGAUGGUAAUGCUUCAUCAGCCAUUGAAUCUACUAAAACAUUCGGCACAACUGGUGAGCAUCCUAGGAGAGAAGACGACGGGGGUUUCAUUGAUCCAAGUGGUCUAAAUGCUGGUUUUCCUUGUGACAAUAGUGAUUCUCAGAAGGAAGAGGGUGGUCAAAUUCUGGCAGUUUCAGGCGCACUCAAUGUUACAUGUAACCCCCCAAGGAUGCUUGAUGCUGUGAAACCACACGAGUGCGAAGUGGAGAACAUUGAGAACAAAGUUCCAGAGGACCUGAGUGGAAACAAUCCUCAUAGAGGUAAAGAUGAUACAGAAGUAGUUAGUGGAAGUGGGAAUGGCAGGAGGGAAGAAGGGAAUUUCCUUGUUAAUGAUUCCAUUAGAAGAUCUAUGACAGAUGAAGUUCGCAUGACAGUGGACAAUGAAAAAGAGGGUAUGAUUCUGAUGGGUGCAAGUGAAGUAUGUGUUGCUUCUUUAGGGGAUUCUGAGGGAGCUCCCAAUAUACCAGAAGCCGCUGUUACUCAGGGUGCCCGUAUGGAAGAAGAUAAUAUGCUGAACAACCCAAGAGAAAAGGAUGUGCUAUCUGUUAGCUCCUGGGGAGCCCUUGGUACUCUGGAUAUUAGUGUUAAUAAGAAUAAGAUGAAAGAGUGUGGAAUGCCCAUUGAACCAAGUGAAGCUACUGCUUCUUUUACACAACAAGUGAAAGCUUUGAAUACACUGGAAGUUAGUGUUAUUGAGAAUGUUCAGAAGGAGAUACAAAUGCCCAUUUAUUCAAGCUCAUCUGAAAAAAUACAGUGCCCCAAACCUCUCAGUACAGCAGAAGUACAGAGUGAAGCAGGCAAGAGCUCUAUGGAUUCAACCGGAACAUAUGUAGGAACUUCAGAUAACUCUGUGUUUGCUCCAGAAUUUGUUGUAGAGGGUAGAACUGAAGAUAGAAGCAUGCUCCAUGAUGCAAAAUCUGCUUUAAGUAAGUCAGAUUUCCGCAGGGAAGUUGUGAAUACAGAGUUCUCUGAUCUGCGGCCAUCUAGAGAUAUAGGGAGCAGAAUUCUGCCAUCAUUGGAUGAUGAUCGUAUGAAGGAUUCCUCUGAUGCUGUUAGUUUGAAUAAUGGUGUAGGAAUGAAUACAUCUCAAGUAACAGAACUGGCACAUCUUCAUAGAACCCAUCUGUCUCCUGAUAUCAAUUUCUCCUUCUUACAUUCCCAUGAUUCACCAUCUAUAUCUGGUUAUAGUGAGCAUUCUGUUCCUACAGCUUUGACCCUUGGUAAUAAUAUGUAUUUCAGUAGCGCAGAGGGUGAGGGACAACCUGAGGUAAAUCAUAAGCUAGUGGAAGAAAACCAAGGAUUUGAUGCCAACAAAAGAAAGAGUGAAUCUGGGAAUGACUUGAUCAAUGCAGGUGUUCAGAAUUGGUUGACUUUACCCUUGACAUUCAGUUAUGCGAAUAAUGAUGCUACUGGUAGUACUGAUAGGUUAAAUUUGGACCAGAUUAUGGAUGAAGGGGCUUCUGCCUGUCAGGAUCAUGAUAGUAUGCCAGAUAUGAAGCAGCAUGGGAGUAUUGAUGCUUUGUUUGGCCAGGAUGACAGCCUUAAUCUAUGUGGUAGAAAUACACCUGAGUCAGACCUGUUGGCAGCUAAAGAGAGAAAUGAAGAUGUUGAGAAUGAGAGUGAGAUCAUUCUCCCAGGUGGAGAGUUAGCUUCUUCUCAGGUAUAUGUUGAUCCAGAUCACACCUAUCACAGUAAUGCUGAGGAUUCUGUGGCUGUGUCAAUCGCAAAGCCUGAUUCGUUAUCUUCCUGGAUUGAAGCCAUUGUGUCAGAAGCGAAAAAGGAACAACAAUUAUGUAGAUCCACUCUACCUUCUAUCAGUUCUCCAGACAAGGUAUUAGCACCAAAGGAGGAUAGCAGGAAGUCAGUGUCAGAUUCAGUAGUCAGUUCUGUUGUAAAAUCUCCACCCAGAGUUAAUAUUGCGAGCUCCACAGUUUUGAAGGUUCCUACUAAGCAGUCGAGCUCCACAGUUUUGAAGGUUCCUACUAAGCAGUUGGUUUUGCCCUGUUCAUUGCGAGAGCCUCCUUGCAUAAACCAGAGUGCAAGGCACAGGACAUGGCGUCGUGACAAUGUUUCAUCUUCUAAUGCAUCUUUGCAUGUUUCUCAGCCUUCAGGAUUGCCCCCUAAACUACCCGUAAAGAAGAAUGGCAAAAGUCAAAACUCUUAUAUCCGCAAGGGUAAUGCCCUCAUUAGAAAUCCAGCCACUGGAAAUCACCCUCAUUCUUCUUCAAACCUAGAUGCUCAAAAUAAGUUGAGUAAGCCUGUUAUGAGGAGAAGCUUGAACUUCGUCAGGAAAGUUGAUUCAAAUGACGCUGUGGCACACACUAAUAUUUCAGUUGAAAGACCCAAGACACCCCCUUUGCCGCUUCACACCAAAUCCAUCAGUUCUGCUGCGAAUCUUUUGGAGCCAUUGUCUCAGACUUUGCAGAAGCAGCAGGUUCCUGAAACUGAAAAGGAAGAUUCUAGGGCACAGGUAAACUCAGGUGUUGAUAGCCCACUCAAUAUUUUGCAUAAGCCUGAACCCCUGGAUGCUGGUAAAGCAGUUUAUGUAAGACCAAAGUCAAAUCAAGUAGCUGCUGAACAGGUACAACAUCCUGGUGACUCAAGUAACAGUUCGAUGGAUAAGGUUUUGUUGCUGCAGCCAUCAACAUCUGAUCUCUAUUUCAAGAAAAGGAAAAAUCAGAUUAUUUUGGGCCCCUCUACUUCAGAUGUUUCAGGUGCAAAAGAUAUUACUCAGGCUGAGAAUAUAAAGUCAGGUGAGAGUAAAUCUCUAAUGUUUGCAUCCUCCAACAAUAAUAUGACUGUGGCCAAGGACAGACCACACAAAGCAGCUCUUCAGAUGACAAAUGUUGUGGGAAGUUUCUCUCACGUAUGGACACUCAGUGGACAACAUCCGCGGAGGAAAUCUUUUGUGGGAACUAGUCAUAUGAAGGUCUUCCCUCGUAUACUUCCAUGGAAAAGAAAAAUAUUCUGCCAGAACCUCAGAAGCAGUUACUCUUCGUUGUUGAAUACAAGCUCAUUAGGGAUAGUUAGAAAACUAUUGCAAACAAGGAAGAGAAGUACUAUUUAUACUGUCUCGACUGAUGGAUUCUCUCUUCGGAAAUCUGGAGUGUUAAGUUUAGGCGGAUCAAGUUUGAAAUGGUCAAGGUCCCUUGAGAAACGUUCUCAAAAGGUUAAUGAGGAAGCUACACUGGCAGUUGCUGAAGUUGAAAGAAAGAAAAGAGAGAAGAGAAAGAGGCAGUCUCUCCGUAACAAGGGAAGGACUGAUCAAUACUCUGCACUUGUUGCUGCAAAUCAAUUAAGAAAUAACAACAGACCAUCUUCAGAUUCCAGGGCGUCAUCAACUUGCAAUGAAUAUGUGCGUGUUAACAAAGGUAAUCAACUGGUUAGAAAUCCGAAGAAAGUAAUCCGCAUGCUAGCAAGUGAGAAAGUUCGAUGGAGUUUGCACACUGUCAGAACACGCUUGGCAAAGAAGCAGCAAUAUUGUCAAUUCUUCACUCGCUUCGGCGAGUGUAAAAAAUCUGGUGGCAAGUGUCCCUAUAUUCAUGACCGAGCUAAGGUGGCUAUUUGUACUAAAUUUCUUAAAGGCUUGUGUUCUAAUACUAGUUGCAAACUAACUCACAAGGUCCUUCCAGAAAGAAUGCCAGAUUGUUCUUACUUUCUGCGAGGGCUUUGUACCAACACAGCCUGUCCCUAUAGGCAUGUGAAAGUGAACUCAAAUGCUCCUGUUUGUGAAGAUUUUUUGAAGGGAUAUUGUGCUGAUGGCGAUGAGUGUCGUAAAAAGCACAGCUAUGUAUGCCCUGUCUUUGAGGCGACAGGAGAGUGCCCACAAGAAUCAAGAUGCAAACUUCAUCAUCCCAAGAAGAAAAACAAAUCCAAGAGAAGCAGAGUAGACACCCUCCAAAACAACAAUUGGGGCAGGUAUUUUGACACAAGCAUUGGCCAUGGAAAUGGGGCAAGGGUAGUUUCUUCAGAGGAAGAAGAGAGACAGAAACCGGAGCAAGUCCCUGGUGAUGACUUUGCUGACUACAUUGACCUUGGUGCCGAUAUUGAAGUUGAUGGAGAUGUUGAUGCGUCAGAUGAUAUACAGCUGAUGGAAUUGGACUCGGGGAAUCUCAAGAUGCAGUCUGACAGUCUUGAUGCAGGAAUCAAGCCACUUCGGAUCAUGAGAACAGCAAGAGUUUUACGGUUUCUUUCAUUGGACUAGAUACAGCUGCAGUGUUACCACUGAGUCAGGGCGAUAAUAUUAUACUGUACAUGAAGACUUGAAGAGGCUGAGGCGCUGACAGGAGAGUCUAUCUCUUGAAGACUGGUUUGGACAGGGCGAUCAGUUUUUGCUUGGUUGAAGGUUUGAUUUUGUUUAUCUUGUACAUGUCUUAGGAAAUAUAUAGGUUGAUAUGCCAGUGGUAGAGCAGUGAGAGUUACUUGCUAUAUUACCUGUGUUUCUUCAACAUUACCCAGAGUUGAAUGUAACAAAUAGUUAUUUACAGUUGCAAAGAAGAAAUGCAAAUUUCUUUUUUA